AUGUCGAUCCGAUCCUUUACCGCGAUUUCCCUUUCAGUGGCUUGUGUUUUGAUAUCCUUGCUGCCCGAGACGCAAGCUGGAGUAUGUUCAAUCUUACAAGUUCGCGGGGCCAAUGGCAAGAUCGGAACUGGCUUCGGGGUACAACCUGACAAUGUGGUUCCUCGUACUGGAGGCGGUGAUACCGGUGCGGACGCAGCAGAGUUCCAGGCGACUCAAAACCCGAAUCCCGCUUGCGGUGUCGUUGCCAAACUUCCAGGCAAACGUGUUGACAUCUCGUACUUCAUGAGUCAAGCUGUGGAAGCUGGUGUACCUUCAGUCUUUUCCAACGGAUCCAUUCCUCUAACCGUGUUUCAGGUCAACCGCAUUGGAGGAGGCCCCAUGACGUGUGAAUACAGCUCUGACGCAACUGGCAACUCGUGGCAACCAAUGGACAUGACUCUCAACAUGCUGGGAAAUUUUGGUAUUGAAUCUCAGGAGAAUACUAAAAUGACCGUAGUCACCACCUUACGAGCUGGAAGCAGGUUUACUGGAGGUCCCAGUAACGACAUGGGACUUGUUCGUUGUCGAGCGGGAACCGACGGAAUAUGUGGUGGCUGCUUUGUUGUUCAAAUGAGUGGUCAGGUGACGGAUGCUUCAAACGGCGGCACACCCGCAUCCCCCAUGAGCUCGUCUCCUAUGCAACUCACCUCGCAACAAAUGUCGAACGUCGUUUCGAAGGUGAUUGACCUUGCCAAAACCCAGAAUUUGGUGGCCCACUAG